AGUUUGGUAAGAUUAUUUUCUUUACCACACAUAUGCGGUCUUACUUCACUAUCAAGAAAGGAAAGAAGACUUCAUGUCCAAGUUUAACUCACACUUAACUCCCUUCUGAGCAUCUACUGAAGCUGUGGGAUGUAAGAACACGGUAGGUGAGCGUUAGUUCCCGGACUCCACAACUUUACUUGUGACACUAUAAAACUGACCCAGACUGAAAAUUGAAAGCACAAACACCACACGUACUAAACAGUGAUUUGCACUGUGUGUUUCUCAACUUUUUACAUGGCUGCCACACAAGCUGAGUUGAGCAAAACUGCUGGAAAACCAAUUCAUUGCAGAGCUGCGGUAACAAGAAAAGCAGGAGAACCUCUGGUGAUAGAAGAAAUAAUUGUGGCUCCACCUAAAGCUCAUGAAGUUCGUGUAAAAAUCAUAUGUACUUCUCUCUGUCAUAGCGAUGUUACCUUCUGGAAGUUGAAAGAAUUUCCGGGAUGCUUUCCAAGAAUAUUGGGCCACGAAGCUUUCGGGGUUGUGGAGAGUGUUGGAGAAGAUGUCCAGGAUUUAAAAGAAGGAGAUUCAAUUAUUCCGAUAUUUUUGCCCGAUUGUACCGAAUGUCUAGAUUGCACAUCCAAGAAGAGCAACAAUUGUUCAAAAUUCCAAUUUAAGGUAUCUCCAUGGAUGCUUAGAGAUGACACAAGUAGAUUCACUACCGUUGAUGGAGAGACUUUAUACCAUUUUAUGUCUGUAUCAAGUUUCGCCGAGUACACUGUUGUAGACAUUGCUAAUGUUAUGAAGAUUGACCCCUGUGUUCCACCUAACAGGGCAUGCCUCUUUAGUUGUGGAGUAUCAACAGGAGUAGGUGCUGCCCUGAAGACCGCGAACGUGGAACCAGGAUCAACUGUAGUAAUAUUUGGUUUGGGCGGGAUUGGAUUAGCAGUUGCAGAGGGAGCAAGGAUAUGUGGCGCUAAAAGAAUUAUUGGCAUAGAUAUAAACUCUGACAAGUUCGAAAUAGGGAAGCAAUUUGGAGUGACUGAUUUUGUCAAUUCGAAUAGCUAUGGGGAUAAACCUAUUAGCCAGGUGAUAAUUGAGAUGACAAACGGAGGUGCUGAUUACUGCUUUGAGUGUGUUGGUCUGGGAGCACUUGUGCUGGAAGCAUAUGCUUGCUGUCGAAAGGGUUGGGGAAAGGCAAUUGUUUUAGGAGUUGAUAAUCCGGGAGCAGAGCUGACAUUUAAGUCUUUCGACGUUCUUCAUUAUGGGAAAACUCUCAUGGGAUCACUGUUUGGGGGUCUCAAACCCAAAUCUGACGUUCCUCUUCUUGUCAAACGUUACCUCGACAAGGAAUUGCAACUGGACAAGUUUGUAACACGUGAAGUGAGUUUUCAAGACAUCAACAAGGCUUUUGAUUUACUCGUUCAAGGAAAGAGCUUACGAUGCGUUAUUUGGAUGGAUAAGUGAUGAAACCUAUCACAAUAACCACAACUAUUUUAAAGUUCUGGUGUUACACUUGCAUGUUCUUGUUGGAUCAUUUCGCAAAGUUCAAGGGCAAAUUUGAACCUUUUCUCUUGUUAAAAAAGGUUACGUGUUGGAAAGCUUCUGUAUUAAUGAAUAAGGGCAUAUUUGGACCAACUUUGUAACUAUAGGGACAUAUUUCACCCCAGCUAUUGAUGGAUCACAUAUUUGGACCUUUUCCUAAA